AUGCACUGCCCCUCCUCAGCGGGCGGCCCUGUCAAGGAAGCCUUUGUCUACUUUGGCCUGGGUAAAGUGGACCCACCUCCUCACCAGCAAGGAUUCGGCUCUGUCAUAUCUACAAAGUCGCCUCUUGUCAUCGCCAGGGAUCAAAAGGGCGGCUACAUGGACGCAUCGGAGGAGGCUGGCAUGCCAGAGCUGUACGACUGGGAUAACGCUGCUUACUUCUUUUUGUGGCGAACCUACAUCUUCAAUGGCAAUUGCGCAGGUCAACUCACCCUGAACUGCCCCACAUCAACGUCAACGAACGGCUCCACUUCCACCUCAACCCCCCUCUCCCACCCCAUCAUAGACUACGGCCUCGGAACAGUCUACCCCCCUCCACCACCACACAACCAAUCCCCCGGCUCCUUCGUGGCUACCAAGUCCCCCUGGGUGCUAGCGAGGAGCGACCAAGGUGCAUGGAUGGACGCGCUAGAGGAGAAGGGGAUGCCGCAGUUGUAUGAUUGGGUGGGGUGGGCUAGGUUUGUUAUUUGGUGUAGGAUUUCGACGGAUCCUCCGCCUUAG